CCGCUGCUUCUGUGCUACAGCGGCUCCUUCCAAAACAGCAACACACCACCACCCACACACACCCACACACCCACACGACAACCCCAGCCAGCCAGCCAGCCAUGAACCGCAUGCAGAUGGCGAUGGGUCCGCCCACUUCAGCGAGGACAGACGACACGCCUCCACAUAUUGGUGUAGUGGUCACUGAUACAGCAACGGCUGCUGCAACUACUGCAACGACAACGACAACAACCACUGAUUCAGCUGAUGCCGAGAAGAAAGAGACGGAGGAGGUCAGCCAUCAAAACGCCGAGGCUGCCAGCAACGCUGUCAGUGACGAUGAGGACGAGGAAGAAGAUGGCGAAGACACAAGUGUCAGUGCGAGCGACACGUCCAGCGACGAGGCGGACGAGGAUGAUCUCGCGGCGUUUGCCAGCACCGUGAUGGCGGAGCUGGAAACGUGGCUGGAGCGCUGCGACGCCAGGCAGAAGCAAGCGCAGGGCAGCAAGAAGGGCAGUGACAGCGGCGACCAGGGUACCGUCUCCGCUGCCCAGUCCCACGACGACUUGGCAGACUUGGAGGAUCUGCCCGCCCUGACGGAGUACGUGAGCAACUGGACCGGCGCGCCAGAGGUGACUGCGGCGCUGCUGGAGCGCGGAGACCUGCAGACGAAGCUGCUCAACCUCGUGCCGACGCUGAAGCCCGUGCCGCUCCUGUUCCUGGGCGCAUCCGCCUCGGAGAACGAGCUGCAGGAGUCCGUUGUGGCCCUGGGUGUGAUUGACAAGCUCAAGCUGGCCCUGCAGGCGACGGCAGAUCUGGUGGACGCCGCAUCCGUGGUGGCGCCCGGCACCAAGACCGGCGAUGUCGUGCACGCCGUGUGCACCCUCAUCUACAUCAUGGGCACGGACCACAGCCAAAACUUCACCAACCUGGUGCCCAUCUCCACGGACCCCAGCGCCGUGCGGGCGUUUGCUCGCGUCUUCACCAGCACCUGGUCGCAGGGGGAGGGUCCGCUUGCGGAACUGACCAUGCUGGCAGCCGUCAAGCUUGCUGCGUCCAUCAGCGACCCCAAGCUCCUGGAGGACUUUGUCACCACCACGCAGUUCCCCGUCCUGCCCGCAAUGCGCUUUGAGGCCAAGCCAAGCCUGCGCCUGGCGUGCCACCUCAUGCAGGCGUACGCUGCUGGUGGCGCGGCCGGUCGCGUGCUGAACCAGUUUCCCUCCAUCCUCAACACCGUCAUGGAUGCGGUGCAGGAUGCCAGCGACGCCAGCAGCGCGGGUGACGCCGGUAUCGCCUUGUUCAAUGGCACGGACAGCACCACCGGCUCGCAGGCCGUCAGCCCCUUUGCAAAGACGCUUGUGGAUGUCUUUUCCCGCGCACCAAAGUACUCCCGCGUCUGGAAUGGCGCAUACGGCGCCCUCGGCAACCUCUGCAGGUACCUUGGUGAUGAGGGCUUGACCUAUCUUCGCGAGCUGAAGGUCCACAACCUGUUUCACCCGCUCAUGCACUCGAGCAACCCCAAGGACCACCCGGCAGACGCUGCGAGCAUCGUUGCCAACCUCAUUGGACACGUUGAACAGCACCCGUUGCUCAAGGCAAGCGACAACAUCAUCGGCAUUGUGCACACAGAACUUGAAAAGGCCUGGGCCAACGAGGACCUGGAAGGCCGCACGUCGGAGCCGUGGGAGCCACUGCAAGGCCUGGCCAACCUCUCUGUCAACGACAGCAACAAGCCCUUGAUUGCCAACACAUGCCUCAACCUGGUCAUGGACAUUCUCGAGUCAUCCCGCCCAAAGGACAGGCUGACGGACAAAUUUGCCAUCAAGGUGAUUGCGAACCUCGCUGUGACAAACGCGCUGUGCGGACAGCAGGACCGCAUUCUCCGCGUGUUCAAGCGCAUGCUCGAGGCCUCCUCCAAGGCAAAGGAGGACCCCGCCCACCGUACCCCGGCGCAACACGUGCUGACCCCAGAGGUGAAGCAGGACAUUGGCCUGACCAUCUUCCGCAUCGAGAGGCUCAACACCAUGGAGGCAGCAGCACCGCCAGCCAGCAGGCAGCCGGCGAGCGUGCGCCGCGGUGCCUCCCACCACCGAUUCAACAAUCAGCAGCAGAAGCAGAAGCAGAAGCAGAAAUCAGGGGCGCGCGGGCGCAACAUGCUGCGGGCGACAACACUCGACGCGCCAAACACUGAAGAUGGUGGCCUCGGUGGCGCUGAGCGUGGUUCAGGUAUGUCUGUGCCGACAGUGACGCGGGUGCAGGUUGGUGGUGGCAGCAUGGCGAUGGGAAUGGGACUGUCGAAGGCAGGCGAGGUCUUGAAGCGCAACAACGCGAUGGAUGCAAACGACAAUGACAACAACGCUGCUGAGAAUGGAGCAACGAAUGCGCUGUCGAUGCCAACGGACACAAGCGGCAAGAUGACGGAGGAGCAGAAGGACGGGAAGGAGGAGGAGGAGGAGGAGGAGGAGGAGGUGCCUCAAGCGAAGAAACAGGAAGAAAGCGCAUUCAAGAUGGGACAUGCGGACGAUGUUUCAGACAACAGCGACGAUGACGAUGAUGACAACAGCGAGGAUGAUGAGAUGACCAACGCAGCGGUGAAGGAGACCGAUGUGGGCGGCGUGAUCACGAGCACGGACAUGUCUUCGCUUCACAAACCGGCGCCUGUGGUCAGAGAAGUGUCGCACACGCAGGUGGCGGAGGCAGCGCCUGAGGCGGGCGAAUUGCAGCAGGAGCAGCAGUUGAGGCCUGGUCACAUUAUGCUGUCAUAUCCAUGGAAGCACCAGAGCUUCAUGCUGCGCGUUCGAAACGCGCUUGAGAGCCACGGGUACAAAGUGUGGAUGGAUGUGGAUCAUGUGGCCGGGAGCAUUUUGGAGUCCAUGAGUGACGGGGUGGAGAAAGCCGACGUCAUUGUCAUGUGUCUCUGCGAAGCGUACAAGACCAGCACGCCCUGCCGCACAGAAGGCGAGUAUGCGUACAAGCUGGGCAAGCCAAUCGUUCCCAUCCGCCCGGAGGUGUAUGUGCCGGACGGGUGGCUGGGCGCGCUGUGCGCAAACCUUCUCUAUGUCGACUUCACCACGGAUGACGCCAUGUUCUGGGCAGCGCAGCAGCACAUGCUGUUGCAGCAGGUUGGUCGCUACACUCAGCCGCACACACCCGCCAGCAGCGGUGUGCAUCCCGGAGAAGGCUCGCUGACGACGACGACCACAACAACUACGUCGGCAGAUGGCAGUGGUGGCAAAAACAGCCGUGGCGAGAAGAGCGCGGGUGUUGGCAGCGAUGGCAUUGACUGGCGCACGCGUGCACUCUCCGCAGAGCACAAACUUCGCGAUGUCAUCAACAGGGCCGCUGAACAGGCCGCAUCAUCACCAACAACAGCACACGGCAUUCAUGGCGGCGAAGGCGGGAAGAUGCAGCUGGGCGAAGUGUUGGCAGCUCUAUCUCGCAUUGAGGACCGCCUCAACAAUCCGCCCGCACCAGAGCAAGGCAUGUACUGUCGCUGUUGCAUCUCAUAGCCGCCGUGCGGUCACGGAAGGCGCACAGGAGUGAUGGUGGUGGUGGUAGUGUUGAUGGUAGUGGUUUUGAGGUGGUCUAACAUGAAGCCCCCUUUGUGCUGCGACUACGACCUGCAGCACUCACGUGUGGCGCUAAGUGUGCGUGAAUUACAUUUGUACCUCUUAUUCUGAUUUCUAAUGUGUGUUUCACGUGUUUCAUGCUUAAAGUGUUCAUAGCCGUGUCUUGUUGACUGUUGCUGACUGUUGAUGUGCUGGAAUUGCCAACUUGCGUGCAUACUGUUUGGGCUGCCUUGUUGUAUUCGGUUGACGUGUUGGUGGUGCACGGAGAAGGGGGGGGGGGAGGCAGUAGCAAUGGUUGUGGGAUGUGUAACAACAACAGUAAACGUUCGGCAUGGA